AUGUCAGAGAAUGUCUCCAACAUCGUCACGCGCAUUUCUAACCUCGACGGGGCUGCCCCCGAUCCCUACGACCACCAAAUUUCCUUAGUCGAUGCCACCGAGCCAGAAAACCAAGAUGUACCACGAUCCAGCUCGCCUAGCCCAAGCUGGAGAAAGCUUGCAAAACGAGCAACCAAAUCGUCAGUGAAGGACCAUCUGGCCCGAGGGAAAUAUGCCAAGGGGCAAGAAGAUCGCUAUUCUUCCCAAGCGGGCAGUUCUGUGGCAGAAGGGAGUGGGUCAAAACCUGCAUCGAUACGCCCCGAAACGGGAGAGUCAGCCGAAGGGACCAAUACUGUAGAUUUCGCACACAGUCAACCGGUCGACAGACGGCUAAAGAUUGCGCAAAAGAGACGGAAGGAGUCCAAAUAUGUGAAAGAGCAGGUUCAUGAGAUUGAUAUUCUCUAUGAAAAUCAACGAGGGUCCUUCUUCUGUGGCAUACCAUUAUAUUCACACUCCUCUCUCAUGCCCUAUGAUCCAAGUCCUUGGGUCAACAGGGAUUUCAAGGAAUCACCGGUCAACAUCACCAAUGCCCAGGUGCCAGAUCCUAGUUGGGAAUGGGCAUGGAAAUCAUGGUAUGUUGACAUGAGUGAUGAUGUGGAUGAGGAAGGUUGGCAGUACUCGUUUGCGUUUGGACCAAAGUUUGCCUGGCAUGGCACACAUCCUUGGUUUCAUUCUUUCGUCAGGCGAAGACGCUGGUUGCGCAAAAGAGUCAAGAAAGAACCAGAACCUGGACGCGGAAAACCUGGGAGUAUGGGUGCUGCUCAUUACUUGACCGGGGACUAUUUCACCAUUCAUUCCCAACGAGAUCAAAGUCCUGUCAGUGCUGUCGAUGGUCCCGGUAAACCGGCAAGGCCAUCUAGCUUCAUCAGCUAUCCCAGCACAACCGAUGUGGAUGAGCCACCCGAGGACAUCAAAGAUAUUGCAAGUCUUCUCAAAGCCCUGAGAUUCGCCACGAUCGAUCGAGAAAAGAUUGAUCUGGUGAAAAAAUUUGUCACUCAAGGGGGAGAGGAAUUGGUCUACCUGAGGGAUCAUGUUUCCGACGUCAUGUCAUUCUUCGUCUUUCAGAAUUCAAGGAGACAGCUACUUUCGUAUCUUAAGGACACGGCAAAUGAAGCACGCCAGCAUCGGCAGAAACAUGACGACGAGAAGAGACCGGAGGGCGAAGUUGAAAGUCGAAGAAUUAAUCAUCUCCUUGCUGCUGUGGAUGCCGCCGAUGCCCAAAUUGGAGAGCUUGAAUUCUGGAGUGACAGAAAACAUGUGUUGAAGACCCAUGACAAUGCAAGUCUUGCUACACGAGCAAUUGCUACCAUAUUUGAUGAGCCCACACCGAAGCUGAAGACUGCAGAUGACCCAGUGGAGGAAAUAAAAGGAAUCUCGGAAAAGGCCGAUAUCUCUUACGACAGCUACCCACCAGUUUUCAGUCCAGCGCGACAAACGUCAAUUGAGGGCAAGGAGGAGGAGAAGAAGGAGGAGGACAAGGGCAAAGGUAAAGCAAUUGAACACGAUAGUGAGGAUGAUCGAGUUGAAGGGAAUGCAACUCCUCGAUUGGGACGGGACGAAGUACUCAUUCUCAAUCAGGAUUAG